UUCCUUCCAGUUGAGGCUUUUUAGAAUCCACAAAUGCUCUCUAAAUGAAGCGAACAAUAAGACAAUGCCUACCUUUCUUCUUCAUCAAUAUGACUUGCUGGCUCUAGAACUUAGCCACUUGAACAUUUCUGGGACCUUCCCGUCAUGGCUUUUGACAAACAACACGAGAUUAAGUUAUUUCAAUCUGACGCACAACUUGUUCACUACUCCCUUUAAACUCAAUCCUGCCUCAAAACUGCUUCAAAUGGAGUCCUUUGAUAUUUCCUCUAACCCCAUCAGAGAUGAAAUGCCAUCUCAUAUUGGAUACAUUUUUCCCAACUUGAUUUCUCUUAAUAUGUCAUCAACUUCAUUGCGAGGUCAUUUUCCAGCUUCAAUAGGUGAAAUGAGACAAUUGAAUGAUCUUGACUUGUCAAAUAAUAAUUUAUUUGGCUCUUUGCCUCAAGAAUUUGGUCAAGGGAACAAUGAAUUGAGAUUUUUGAAGUUGUCAAACAACAACCUGAGUGGCUCAUGUCUUCCCAUAGGAUCAAAUUUCACACAUUUGUUGUCUCUUGAUCUCAACAACAAUAACUUCACAGGAAAAUUUCAAGGUGGCUUCAUGAACAGUACUGGAUUGAUAAUGUUGGAUUUAAGUGCCAAUCAACUAUUUCGUGAAAUACCUAGCUGGAUUGGAAAAUUUCAAGAUUUGAGUUACCUCAUUUUGUCACAGAAUUCUUUAACAGGGCAAUCAUUUCAUGGGAUCUCUACCUUCUACUUUGGCUAAUUCUUCCUCAUUGUUGACUUUCGAUUUGAUGCAUAACAAAUUUUCAGGUCGAAUUCCAAGAUGGAUUA